AUGCAAAAUAAUUAACAGGAAAGAUUGGAAUUCUAGGAAAAAUAUGGUAUUUAAAAGGACUAUAUUUCUUUAUCCAAAGAAGAUAAAAAGAAAUAAGCUGCAGAUGAAGUCAUUGAGUUUAACAAUAAAAACUUGAUUUCUUAUUUAGAAGAUAAAUAUUAAGUAGAAGACACUGAAAAAGUAAAAGAAGACAAAGCUAAAGCAAUUGUGAAAUCAUGUUUUAUGAUACAAUCAGGAUUUAAUGUUUGCUUACAUGGUUAUGGCUCUAAGAGACAAAUUAUUUAAGAAAUAUCAGAUUAAUUUAUUAAUUACCCUAAAUUAAUCAUUUAAGGAUAUUCAGCAGCUACUUAAAUAUAGCAAAUUCUAUAAAAACUAAAGUACAUUGUGGUAAAGAUUACUGGGUAAAACUCUGGUUAAAAGAGAAUUGAAGGAAUAUUAGAGUAUCUAAAAUAAUAAGAGGAAAAUAUGGGAAAAAUUUCCUCUUAAGUACCUUUUAUUUUAAUUCUAUUUCAUAAUAUAGAUUCUAAAUAAUUUAUUGAGUAAGAUUCUGUCAAAAUUUUAUCUGCUGUACUAAAUUUACCAUAUAUAAAAGCUGUUUGUAGUAUUGAUCAUGUGAAGUAUCCAAUUAUUCUGACUUCUAAAGUUUUAGAGUCAUUUAAUUUUAGUUUCAUAGAAGUCCAUACUCAUUAAUGCUAUCUACAUGAAUUCAAAGUUUCCUAAAAUACAUUUAACUUAAAAAAAGAAAAAGAAGGAGAAUCUCUUAAAUAUAUUUUUAGAAGUCUGACAAAAGUUUAAAAAGAAAUAAUAUAGUUUGUUGCAAAAUAUAUUUAAGAUAAAUUAGAUUAAAAUCCAGGAACAGCUAUUUAAAUAAAUGGAUUAACUGAAGAUGGAUAGAUUAUUGGUUUAACUUUAAAAGAGUUAUUAGAAAUGCUAAUUGAUGAAAUGAUUUUGAACAGUGAGUAGCAGUUAAAAGAAAAUUUACUUGAAAUACUUGAUCACAAAGUUAUAAUUUCAAUAGAAAACUAGUAAAAAACUUACUAUACAAUGAAUUUCAGCAGACAAAUUUUAGAAAAAAUUGUCAACAACAAGUUGGAGGAUGGAGAAGAAGAUUAGGAGCAGGAAGAAGAGGAAGAAAACAAUUCAGUAAAAGAUAUGGAAGAAGAGAAUUAAAUAAUAUCUAACAGCUAAAACAGUUCUCAAAGUGAAGAUGAAGAUGUUAAAGGUAAAAAAAAAUAUAGAUAAACAAGAAGAGAAGGUAAAAAGAAAAAAAAUAGUAGUGAGAGCUUAUCAGAUUCAGAAAAUGAAAAACAUAAGUUUAAUAAGAAAACUUCUGGAAUUUUGAAAACUAAAAAUAAGUAAUAAAAGAAUAAAAAAAGUAGCUUUACUUCAUAAAGUAGUGAAGAAGAUGGUGAUGAUGAUAGCUAUUAAAAUUGA